GGGACUAAAAACUACGUCGGACCGAAGCCGGAAGUGUGAAGUUUUUUGAGCGGACCCUGAACGACAAAAACAAAUCCGAGUAAAAUUAUGGAUCGUUUUUAUUUCAAGCUUGUAUAUAUUGGGUAUAUUUGAAAUGUAAGACUUUGUUUCGAUUUUCUGAUACCCGGAGUAGCGGGAGAAAUGAACAUGUGGGGCAUUUUUUAUUGAUUUUUGUGAGAGUUGGCCGAUGCUAACUGCAGAGCCACAAACUGUUGUUCAGAUCGGACCAGUUGGAUCCGGUUACAUCCCAUAAAGUUGCUUCUCGGCGCCAUGAAUCCGUUUGGAAGUCCGCAGGGAGGAGCUUUCCAGGCCCCCAGCAGCUCCAUGAAGCCCAGUCUGUUCCAGGGCUUCGGGCAGCAGAAUCCCAGCGGAUCCCAGGGACAAAGUUUUCUCCAACCUCCUGCCUUCGGACAGCAGUCUGCCGCGCUUCAGCCUGCAGUGCAGAGCGGUUCCAUUUUCGGACAACGAUAUGUGGUGAACCAGCCUGCCCCUCAGGGUGGCUCCAUCUUCGGGCAGCCGUCUGUUGUUAGUCAGCCCGGAGGUCAGGGUGGUUACAUCUUCGGACAGGCAUCCAAUCAGUCUCCAGCUCAAGGUAAUUCCAUCUUCGGACAGCCAUCAAAUCAGUCUCCAGCUCAAGGUAAUUCCAUCUUCGGACAGCCAUCAAGCAACCCGGUGAGGAGAGAGGCCCCGAAGGCAGGUCUGGGGCCCCCCGCUGUGGGGCCAGCAGGUCUGGGGCCCCCUGCUGUGGGGCCCCCUGAGAGGCCGGCCCUGGAGGAGCCAGAGGAAGCUCAGGGAGACGAACCGCCGGCCCAAACGCUCACAGCGCCGCCACUGAGCAGAGAGUCUGCAGAGAAACCAGAAGAUUCAGGCCCGCCUGACCCUUUGACCUCAGCCUCUGAGGCGUUGACCCCUGUGGGCCGUGGGCCCCGCCGGGACAGCGCGGACAGCCUGAGCGGAGUGUCUCCCAGCGAUCUGACCACCAUCAUGGUCAGGAACGUCCCGCCAAGCCUCAACAAGAAGGACGUGAUCCAGAAGCAUUUCGCUCGUUUCGGGAAAGUCUGUAAAAUCUUCUGCCGCCCCAACAAGAACCUGGCCGUGGUUCACUUCGACGACCACGCUUCGGCUGCCAAAGCGAAGCGGAGAGGGAAGCUUCUGCACCGACACGAACUGCUGCUGCUCUGGCAGAAGAAGAAACCAAGUCCUGGAGACAAAGGCAGCAGAGCGGCAGCAGAACCGGACCGAUCCGCCGCAGAAAGCCCGAACGUGGAGGAGCCGAAGCCGGGUUGUUCUCCUCUCAGACGGCCGGCCCUGAUGCCUCCAGCGCAGGGCGGCCACGCCUCCUUCAGGCAGAGCUCUCCGGUGAGGAGGCCGUCUCCAGCCAAGCUGCUGCCGUUUGACUCGGAGCCCCAGAAGGAGAACGUGGCCGAGUCCCAGGGGUCGGAGCGUCUCGUCCCGUCCUCCCUGGUCCACCUGGUGGGACAGGCCGCCGAGACCGCCGAGGACAAGUACCGUCUCCUGGAGCAGAGAGACAAAGUCCUGCGUCAAGGACGACCCAAGAGGACAGACCUGGACCUGUCCAAGGCGUUUGUGGGGACGUGUCCUGACAUGUGUCCAGAGAAGGAGAGGUACAUGAGAGAGACACGGAACCAGCUCAGCGUGUACGAGACGGUCCCGAACACGGAGGUGGUGGAUCAUGCAGCUGCCAUAAAGGAGUACAGCCGCUCCUCGGCCGACCAGGAGGAGCCUCUUCCUCACGAGCUGCGGCCCCUCCCGGUGCUCAGCAUGACCAUGGACUACCUGGUGACCCAGAUCAUGGACCGGGGUCCGGACAGCCACAGAGACUGGUACGACUUUGUGUGGAACCGAACCCGAGGCAUUCGGAAGGACAUCACCCAGCAGCGGCUCUGCUGCCCCGUCACCGUGGCGCUGAUCGAGAAGUGCACCAGGUUCCACGUUCACUGCGCCCACCACCUCUGCGAGCAGCACAUGUCGUCCUUCGACGCCAAGAUCAACAACGAGAACAUGACCAAGUGCCUGCAGAGUCUGAAGGAAAUGUACGCGGAUCUGGCGACGCAGCAGACGUUCUGCCCCCUGGAGGCCGAGUUCCGCCAGUACAGCGUCCUGCUGAAGCUCAACGACGGCGACAUCCUGCGGGAGGUGCAGCAGUUCCGCGACGAGGUCCGAAAGUCUCCAGAGGUCAAGUUUGCGGUUCAAGCCUUCACGGCCGUCAGCAGCAACAACUUUGUGCGUUUCUUCAAGCUGGUGAAAGGAGCUUCCUACCUGUCCAGCUGCCUGCUGCACCGAUACUUCAACCAGGUCCGAUCGAAGGCCCUGAAGGUCCUGAUCACGGCUCACACCUUCGGCACGCGAUCCACGCCGUUCCCCGUCGACGACAUCGUCCGCAUGCUGAUGUUCCGCAGCGCGUCUGAAGCGACGGACUUCGUCCAGCAGUACGGCCUCAACGUCAACGACGGGCUGGUGGAGCUGAGUCGGAUGGUCUUCCAGGAGCCGGAGCUCCCACUGUCCCUGAAGAGGUCAGAGGUCAUCCUGUCCAAGAAGGCGGCGCUGAUCGGGGAGGUGGUGAACGGAGGUCCGGUCCCCGACCCGCCGCAGCACCGUCCCGUCUGCAGCUUCGACUCCCACAACAGAUACAGAGGAGACGGCCAGCUGGCGGAGCCCGGCCUCGGAUACGUUAACCCCCGAGGCGCCGGGCCGCAGACCGCUGACGGCGUUGAGGUUUCCUCCCCGCCGCACGUCGAGGCGCCGCCUCCCGUCGUCGUUCCCGACGCUUCGGCUGAGACCGGAGAGCCGUUCCCGCCGGCGGCUCCCAUCUUCCAGCCGAUCGCUCCGCCUGAACCCGCCAGACCUCCGUCACCUCCACCCAAACCCCAGCCGCUCUACAGCGAGGAGGACGUCCAGGCGGCGGCGGCGGCGCUGCUGGAGGAAGUGGUGGAGGCCGAAGUCAGAGCGCUCGCUGACGGAGGCGCCAGCUACGCCAGAGCAGUCCUGCGGGAGAGCGAGGCGCAGAUGGAGGUUCUGGUGCAGGAGGUGUUGGAGCAGAUGAUGAUGGAGGUUUCAGCGUCGGAGAUCCGGCUGGAGCAGGAGCGGCUCGCUGAGGAGCGACGCAGACUGGAGGAGGCCAGGCGCCGUCAGGAGCGCGAAGCCUUCCUGACUCAGUUCAGCUGCUCGCUCUGCUCAGAGGUCGUCCAGCAGGUCGUCGCCGAAGUCGUGAGGGAAACCGCCGCCGCCGAGAUCCAGGAGGCUCUGGACGAGGAGGCCGAGCGUCUGGCCCGAUGCAGCCAUCAGAUCUGCGGCAGCUUGAUCGAGGAGACGUUAGCCGCAGACGUGGCUCAGCUAGCAGAGGAUGUUCUGGAGGCCGAGCUGGAGCGGAUCCAGAAGUUCAUCAAAAGGUGGCGUGAUGUGGUCGCCGUGCGCCGCCAGCUGAAGCGUCAGAUGAGGAGUUUCCCUGCGGCCCCGUGCUGCGUGGAUCCCUGCUUCAAGCUGCGGGCCCUGGCCCCCAGCGCCCCCCAGAGGCCCUCCAUGGCGGCGCUGGCCCGGGGCCUGGUGGACCUGGGGAACGCCGGCGUGUUGGCCGUGUCCAGCACCAGGUUGCUGCGGAUGCGGCGCGGCGCCGUCCACCAGCUGAGGGUCCAUUCCUUCUACCAGCAGCUGCUGGAGGAGACGUGCUGGAAGCCGUUGGAUCUGCCGGCGCUGGCCACGGAAAACGUCCCGAACCCGACGGACCGGAUCUUCUGGAAAGUUCUGCUGCUGCUGCCCAGCGAACGGGAGGCCGACCCGGCGGACCGGCUUCUGUCCGACUGGCUGGAGGUGAAACUCGGCGCCGAUCCAGAGUCAGAGGAGCAGAGAGACGGGACGCUGAGGACGCUCUGUGUCUCCAACAGCCUGCAGGACAACGGACACCGAACUCACAAAGUCCACAUCACAGUGAAGGCGUCCAGAGGCCCGCUGACCGACGCCGGUCUGUCCGGAGCAGAGGAGCGCGGCGAGCUGCGCGGCGCGGCGGCCAUCAUGAUGCUGCUGCCCCUCCUGGAGGCGGAGCAGGACGUCCCUCUGCUCUCCGCCCUGCUGCAGCUCAAGCAGCUGCAGCAGAUCAGCAGCUGGAACUGGCCGCUGCCGCUGGUGGUCCUGGUGCCAUGGCAACGGGGCGCUGCGGACGCCGAGAGGCUGGAAGAAGCUCUGCAGCUCCAGCCGCUGAUGGAGGAAGAGUUGAUCUCGGACUUCCUGCUCGUCUUCAUCCCAGAUUCCACCAGCGACCUGCAGGGAUCCCAGCAGCUGACCCAGGCCGUCUGCUGGCUGAUGGCCCGCUGCCCUUUGACCCCGCCCCUGUCCUGCCAGCCGCUGGUCCAGCUGGUCGAAGCCGCGCUGAGUCAGGAGUUCUGCCCCAGAGUUUACUCCAACCGGCAGAACCGGGCCGCCGCCGGGCUGCCCUGCCAGGGCCCGGCGCCGGUGGUCCGGCUGUACAACGCCGUCCUGACCCACGUGGCGGACAGAGUGUCGUCCCCGGAGCUGAGCUGCCUGUCAUGGCCGCCCACCGAGUUCAGCCAGCCGGAGACCAGGGAGUUCAUCCCUCACCUGGGCUGGAACGCCGCGCCGCACCUGAGCUGGCUGAGGGCCGUCCUGCUGGACCUGCAGCUGCCGGAGUGGGCGGAGCCUAAUGCUGCAGACUCCUGGGUGGAUCUCUGCUCCUCCAUCUUUCGUUACGCUGCUCACAUCCCGACUUCACGCCACAGUCAGCCGCUCCUCAUGUCCCGGCUGGAGAACCUUCUGGAGCGGGUCCGGCUCACCCGGCCCGCCGGGCCCGGACGGACCCGGGGCGGCAUCAGCCGGGGGGCGGCCGGUCUCUCUGCUGCCUCCAGCCGGAUUCCCUGGGACGACGUCGUCCUCAUCUUCAUCGACCACAAGCUGAAGGACUGGCAGCCGGCCGGACCGCCUGCUGCUCCAGACGCGCUGACGGCGGACGGACAGAUCCUGGUUUUCUUCCCCAGCGGUUCCCUGGACGGGUUCCGGCCUCCGGCUGACUGGGUUCAGGCUGUGGAUCGGACCCACAGGGAGACGCAGCAGGAGGAAGAGGAGGGAUGGGCUCCGGCCCCCAGCGCUCUGCGUUUGGCUCCGUCCCUGAGGCAGAAGUUGUUCCACAGCCGGGUGGAGGCCCCAGAGGGCCCCGAGGCCGCGCCGCCACCCCUGGACAUCACACACACUCCCAGCACGGAGGAGCUGCUGGCCCACAGAGUUCUGCAGAGCCUGGAGGAGGAGAAGGCCGAGAGCAGGAGGAGUCUGGAGCAGCUGCAGCGCUGGCUGGACGGCGACCCGUUGGACCACCUGGCGACGCCGCUCUUCAUCCCGUCCUCCACCCUGCUGUCGUCUCCGUCCACCAUGCGGGUUUCUGCGCCUGUUGCAGCAGCUCAGAAACCGGAGACAGAGGAGCGUGUGGACAGAGCGUCCCUGUCCACAGCGUCCCGGUCCGCAGCGCCGCCCGUCCCUCUGGCCCAGAGGCUGCAGCAGCUGCAGCAGCAGAUCGCUGCGAGCAGAGAAGAAGAACGGGCCUGCAGGCUGAAGCUGAGCGGCCUGCUGAGCAUCGUGGACGACUGA